AUGUCCUCCUCCUCGCGGCGGCCCCAGUCCCCAAUGGUAGCCCUUCGUCGCCAUCUCGAGCCUCGACCCUUGUCUACCCUCCCAGUCCGCCUCACCCAUCUCGCGCAUCGGACGAUUUCUUGAAUUUCUUCGGUCUCGCGCUGAUCAUCUGGCCGUUAUCUUAUCGGUGCCGCCCCCGGUCGGUCCGCACUCGGCCGAUCUCCGACAUGAGGUGCUCGGCAAGUGACGAAGUCGCGAAGCUCUUCAAUCCAAAGUUCAGGGCCACAAUGCACCCUUGCGCUUUCCCCACUAUCCUCCGAGGCGAGACUAUCGAGGACGGGACUCGCUGGAAGCCAUCGUGAACACACUGAGCACUCGCCACCAUCCCCCUUCAUCGAUGCAUGCACGCUCAUGGUGAACCUCAUCGACUUGCCGGAGGACGUGAUCGUGUGCAUCUGCUACUGGCUUCGCGUCGAAGAUGUGCUUCGCCUAACCGAGACAUGUCGCGCGCUGCACACGCUCGCGUCCAGCGACUACGUGUGGCACCAGAUCCCCCUCGAUCUUCCUCUUCCACUCCGUCCUGAUACCCCUCGCUCGUCGCUACCCGCCCGCGAGCUUCGUCACCUCGCAGUCCACGCCCUGCGCCUCAACCGCAACUGGCGCCGGCCCGUCUUCGCUCGCCCCCGCAUCACCCACAUCGAGCACGGCAACAUCGUCUUUCGCUCCGAGCUGCUACCAAAUGACCGUCUCUGCACUCUCUCGCGCUCGCUGACCAGCAUGACAUACUUCACUGUCUGGCUGCUCGCCAAUAAUGGCUACAGACGCGAGCACUGCUUCGAGACACCUGGCGCGCUGAACUUCGCCACAGGCCUUGUGAGAGACUCGGACGACGCGCUUGUUGCGAUUAUCGGCAGGGCGCCAGGACGCUCAGAAUUUCUGGAUAUAUAUCGCGUUCCCGCCAGCAAGAGCGCAGACGAAAUCGACCCUCCGCAGGUCUCUUUAGUGGCGUCAAUAUGCCGACCUAGCCACGAAGGCACAUUUUCCGAGGUGCACAUUGCCGACUACAUCGUCGCCGUCAGCCUCGCGAAAUUCGAAGGGCAGCAAGUGCCCUCCUACGAAAUUCUCCUCGUUAACACACGCACCUGCGUCCAUCUGCUAGUCCAUCCGAAACUACCGCAGACCUCCGACCAAAAGCACUUCCGGCUCUGCGGCGCGGUCGAGCCGCGCCACAUCCUCUUCCUCAGCACCUCGCCUGGCCGGACUGCAUCCCUAACCACCCACAUUCACGCCCUUCCCACCGAGCUCUUCGACGCCGAGGAGCCCCCAGAUGCGGAGAGCAUCCGCGCCCACACGCCCAUCCCUGCCCUACGCAGCCGCCGCGGCUCCCCACCUCAGUCCUCGCCCUCGUCCCCGCCGCCACCUACCUCGCCUGCACCGCGUCCCGUCGAGCUCGGCCCGCUGGUACAUCGACACGAAGUGCCCACUGUGCCCAUCCGGCUGCAGACCUACGCCUCUGACGUGCAGAUAGACCCGGCGAGCGGGCGGUGCAGUUUCGCCCUCCUGGCCUUCCAUGGCGCAUAUGUUGGCUCACGCGGGCAGGCGGGGGCGCGGGCGAUGUUCUUCAGCUUGCCGACGAGGCGGCGAAGCACGGCGGCGAGUACAAGCGCGCAACUCGCGUCCACCGACAUCCAGACCUUCCGCAUGGAUCCGCUCGUUGGCCUCGACGCCGUGUGUCUUGGGCGCACGGGGCGGCGCGCGGUGUGGCUCGAGCGCAACUGGGAGAACGACAUCUUCGCGCUGGUGAAGGCGGAUUUCGGGGCGCCGGCGGUGAGCAAUUUCGGGGCCUCAGCGAUAUCCUUAGAGGCAGAUGGCAAGGCGUUGAGCACGUAUGGCAAACUGGUAUCCCCUGAUACGAAGGCUUCUGCGAGCCAGACGACAGUGGAGAAGCGACAACCGGUGAUCGCGCCGCUGCUGCCGCCGCAUCUGGCGCUGCCCUUCGAGGCGCACGCGUGUCAGUCACUGGCGUUCGACGAGGCGAAGGGGCGCAGACGACUAGACAUAGAUGAGCAGACUCCGUCUCAAAGCCAGCGGCGUGUGAGGAUCAGACCUUGGUGGUGCUGGUCGACUGAAGGUGGUAAUGCGACCCGCUCCGCCCCCGCCUCAGACUUCGAGACUAAGGCUGCUAUUCGUGCUCGGGCGUUCCGAGAGCUGCACAAGAAUGACCCGGACUACAGACGCAGGAAUGCGGAACGGUCGGCAAGGCUCCGCAGGGCGGCAGGUGCCAAACCACGCCCUCGCAUACAGAUCCCAUCCGCUAUCGAGCAACAGCGUACACCCUCACAUGCCGACGUCGCUCUCUGGGAGGGCGACAUCCUCCCGGAGCUGCAUCUUCCGUCGGGCACAGAACUGCCCACAGCCUUUAUCCAGCGGCUGCAAAUGGUCGAUAUCCGUCUUCGAACACUAUCGAGCACAGCCCCUCUCACCGAAGACCUCGCGCUUGCUCUGCGUGACCCCGCCCGUGCGGCCACUUCCCUGCUUGAACGCGCGCACGGUCACAUCUCAUCCGGGACGUACAUCGACUACUGUGAUAUACGCUUUGCAAUCCGAAUGUUGCGCGCAGUUACGGAUGCCCUGCGUCUUGCUAUAGCUGACGCGGACAGUGCUUCGUCACUAUGCCCGCCUUCAUACUAUCAAGUCUUCGGGGACUUCAGGCUACUGCUUAGGAAUGCCACGACAGCACUAGACCUUGCCUCCAUCAACAUAAAACAAGCGUUGCUCUCAUUCCCCGUUACACCAACUUUGCUCAAGGAGGCUGUUACCUCCUCCGCCAAAUGCCAUGCUCGGUCUUGCGCUCAACGCUCCGAACUGUCGACUGGCAUCAAGCUGCACCCAGAGCAUGUCAAUUGUCUUGGCCCCGGGGUAUGGCUGUGCGACACAGUCAUAGAUUUCCUCAGCGAGGCAUGGAAUACGACAUGCACCCUUGACGACUGUGUCAUCAUGCCAGUCGAUUUCUCUUUCCGCUGCAUAAGGAAUCAGACCGACAAGGCGGUCGACAUACUACGCAAGGUUGCGCUUCGACAACCUCGCCGUACCGAAUUCUGGCCACGCAUUGUCAUUCCAGUAUCACACAACAACCAUUUCUUCGUGCUUCAUAUCGAUAAUGACGCCCGAAUCUCGACCGGGUUCGAUAGUCUGGCAUCGCACGCGUGGAGUGAGCAGCAGCUUACCGCGCUGAAUCAGCAAGCCUUGACGGCCAUCAACACAUUCUGCGAGGAGAAAGGGUGGGAUAUAGUCGAGGAAGACGAUUGGAAUGACAUUAGUCAAGGCUUCAACCAAACAAAUAGCGUUGAUUGCGGUGUCUACACGCUGCUAUUCAUCAGGCAUCUCAUCCGCUCGUCUGCGGGCACGCUCAAGGAUAAGAGUGUCCCUACACAGUACCAUUUUCCUGGACAACAGACGAAUCGCGGCGCAGAUCGCACGCUUGCAUUGGCCGCGUUGCGGGACGACGGGAAAACGAAGGUGGCCGGGGAGGUCACCAUCACGUCUGAGGAUGCCAAUGGACAGCUCAAAGACCAGAACCUGGAGCAAAUCGCUACUGAUCUGUCGGCGCAUCCGACAGGUUGGCAGACGGUAGAGGAAGUCAUGGCCCUACGGCCUGAAAACGGUAUACUUCCGAGACUUAAACCUGAUCACGGAGACAUCCCCAUCCCUCCGCCGCGAUCCGCAUCCAGCACCAGGGUAUGGCACUAUGGAUGGCCAAUCGGGCUCAAUUUCGUGCACGAAACCAUCCAGCAUUCUAUCCCCGAUUACAACACGAACACCGCCUUCGCCUUGAAGCUCCCAUUGAUGACGAUAAUGGUGAAGCAUUAUUUCGGCCUCAGAUUCGAGGUGAACUUCGCCUACGUAGAACCCGAUGAUGCGAAAUGGCUCCCGGAACCUUUUUACCCUGGGGCUCCUGGCCUUGGCUUCAUUGCGUUUGUCAGCACACACCCUCCCAGCCGCCUUCGCAAGCGGCUUACGCAGGAGCAGUUGGACAAGAUGGUUCGUACAAUGGCUGGUGAACCUCCGCACUGGAUGGAAGAAGCAAGGGAGAAGGACGGCAUCUAUGAGAAGCGGCCCACGCCGACCGAGUAGAUACGUGCAUAUAUCUCAUGUACUCUCCAUACGCUUCAAAGCCUGGUUCUCGCUCUUCCUGCCAGAACAGCAAAC